CUCCCUUAGCAACGGUCGCCGUUGAAACGGAGGGAGACGCCCCCUGCGGAUUGGCUGCACCCGGUCUUUCUACGGCGCCGAUUGGCUGAGGCGUCGCUAGAGGGCCAGGCCUUGGCAGUCGCUGCCCGAGAACCGGCGUUCCCAGGACCUGGGCGGGACAGAGCCAGUGGUGACCCACGGCAAAGAGGAGCGACGAGAUGAUCCGUCAGAAGUCCAGCCAAUUCCUAGGACUGAAGAUGCAGUCGGAGCUUGAACAGCCCUCCGAACUGCAGCGGGAACCCGAGAGGGAACUCACUUCAGUGGAUGAGUCCGUCAUGCGGAUGGCAACAGGUGUGCGGCCUGAGUCCGGCACCGCGGCCUCGGUAGAAGCGGAUGAAGAUCCUGCAGCCAACUUGUUCCCGCCGCCGCUGCCCCGGCCCCGGAUCUGCAUGUGGAAAUACCUGGACAUCCAUUCCAUGCACAGGCUGGAGAAGACCACCAACACUGAGGAGAUGAGGGAGGUGCUAGCUGAGCUGUUGGGGCUAGACUCUCCUGAGCAGAGCCUGCGGGAUGCCAUCAUCCUGGACCUUUUCUCCCAUGCACUCAUCUUCUGCCGCCAGCAGGGCUUCUCACUGGAACAGACAUCAACAGCUUGUGCUCUGCUCCAAGAUCUUCACAAGGCCUGUGUGGCAACCCCCUUGGGCAACGUGGAGGAAUGUUACCGCUACUUCACCAGUGUUCUUUUUUGCCACGGACUCAGGGUCAGUUCCUCUGGAAUGGAAUCUUCAGUCUCCCCCCAGAUAAAGUCUAGCCCAGUCUCCUGCCCUCUCUCACACUCGUCACCCUCAUCUUUCUCUGAAGGCUGCAAGGGGCUCUCCCUGCUCCUGGACUGCCAGGCACUUGGAGAAAAGGUCAGGGUUCCUGGGGGUGGUCAGUCCCCUAACUCCCAAUCAUCCCCACAGCGGCCUCCCUUCAGUAUCAACCUCUUUAGGGAGGAACAGCUGCUUGCCCUGGCAGAUUAUGUGGUCAACACCUACUUCCGCCACUUCAAGCUCUACAAAUAUGUCUUCACACCCCAGGUGAGGCUGGACCUAUCUUUGACUUACAUAGGGCUACAGCCGCCUGAGCUCUGGCCAGAGGAUGAGACAGAGAAAGAAGGCGAGGAGGUGGAAGAGCAGGCAGUCACCCCACAGGAGGAGGAGCUGGAAACAGUGGUCCAGCCAGAGCAAGAGCCAAGCCAGGUCUCCAUCCUGCGAGCCUACAUCAAGACCCAGAUGAGCAAGGAGCUGGGGCAGCUCCAACAGCUGAUAGAGGAGCGGCUCAAAGCCAGCGAGGAAAGGCUCAACAGCAAGUUGACCAUCCUAGAGCGGCCCCUCCAGCUACCUCCUGGCAAAGGCAAGAACAAGACCAAGUGACCCCCAGCAUUUUCCCCAAUAAAGGCCUGGGGCAGAGCAGCCCCAUCCCCGUCCCCCCA